CACACAUUGCCACACAGCCGCAGCCAUGAGGUGCGUCGCGGUAGCAUUAGUGUCUUUAAUCUCAGCGAUUGUCGCGGAAGCCCCGUACCACUUACCGAGGCCUGCACCGCACGCACCAAGUUUUAACUUCCAGCAGGGGGUUCCCCGACCACCCCCGCCACCACCGUUUCGUCCGCAGCCACAGCCGAACUUCGGCCAAGGAUCCGGUUAUGCCUACCAGCAACCAAGCAUUCAGCCGGCCUUUGUGCAACCCGCACCACAGUACCAACUGCCUCCUCAACCUCAAUAUCAACCUGCACCACAGCUUCAAUACCAACCUGCACCACAGCUGCAAUACCAACCCGCUCCUCAAAUCCAAUACCAACCCCAACCAGUCUUUCAACCCGCCCCCGCGCCUCUCCCUGUGUCGUAUCCCCAACCGAUUAACAUCCCAAGCGGCUCCUAUGGUGUUCCCCAACCACAGGUAGCACGUCCAUCUAUCCCACAACUACUUCCCGCCUACAUCCAAUCCCAACCUCAACCCAUUUCCUACAACCAAAAGUAUCAGCAGUCUUCCUCUCAAGGAGGAUACUCGUACUCACAACCUCUUUCCCAAUCCAUCCAAGCAACAUCAAACCUGCCCUUGCAAUCUCAAGCUCUGAGCAUCAAUAGCGGCUCUUCAGGCUUGUCCAGCUACCAAGCAGACUCCAACCUAUACAAUGGCGCACAAGGGCAGGUUCAUAGAGAAGCUCUCGACUCCGUGGUGGUGGAUCACUUGCAGAACAUCAUAAAGGAGAAUGAACACUCUACAGCAAAACAGGCGGGAUAUUUGUCUUUGGUGUCAGGAAUAUCCCUCGAAAAUGCCAAACCAAGCGUGGAGGUAUCAUCAUUUGUACAUUCAUCACCUUUGAACAGCGGCGUGGGCUCGUCGUCAAUAGAAUUAGUGUCUAAUGAAGGCGGAGUCUCAGCACCUUCAUCAGGCUAUGGCUUACCCACCAUCACAGCCAACAGUCAAGGAGAUUCUAGUGUAGCCUUCUUACCCAGUGCAAAACCUUUUUCCACAUAUGGCCCACCCAACUGACAGGACAAUGUUCCACAAAAAUUAUGUAAAUAGCCUCUUUUGUAAGACUAAUGUUAAUAUAUUGUACAAAAAUGCAUUAGCAUUAAUGUGAAAACUUAUUUAAUAAGAUAAAAAAAAGUAACAAAG